GGGCAGCGGCUGACCGUGGUGUGGAGGAACGUGGUCCUCAUGGGCCUGCUGCACGCGGGGGCCGUGUACGCCCUGGUGCUCGUGCCCAGGGCCCAGCCUCUCACCCUGCUCUGGGCCUACUUCUGCUUCCUGGUGACCGCUCUCGGUGUGACAGCUGGCGCCCACCGCUUGUGGAGCCACAGGUCGUACAAGGCCAAGCUGCCUCUGAGGAUAUUCCUGGCUGCUGCUAACUCCAUGGCUUUUCAGAACGACAUCUUCGAGUGGGCCAGGGACCACCGAGCUCACCACAAGUACUCGGAGACAGAUGCUGACCCCCACAAUGCCCGCCGCGGCUUCUUCUUCUCCCACAUUGGCUGGCUGUUGGUGCGCAAGCAUCCUGAUGUCAUCAAGAAGGGCAGAAAGGUGGAUGUCACUGACCUGCUUGCUGAUCCCGUGGUCCAGUUCCAGAGAAAGUACUACAAGACCUCCGUGGUGCUCAUGUGUUUCCUGGUCCCCACGCUGGUGCCCUGGUACAUCUGGGGAGAGAGCCUGUGGAAUUCCUACUUCCUGGCUGCCAUUCUCCGUUACGCCGUUGCCCUCAAUGGCACCUGGCUGGUCAACAGUGUCGCCCACAUGUACGGAAACCGGCCCUACGACAGGCACAUCAGCCCCCGGCAGAACCCACUCGUCACUCUGGGCGCCAUUGGCGAAGGAUUCCACAAUUACCAUCACACCUUUCCCUUUGACUACUCCGCCAGUGAAUUCGGCUUGAACUUCAACCCAACCACGUGGUUCAUUGACUUCAUGUGCUUGCUGGGGCUGGCCACUGACCGGAAGCGGGCGACCAAGCCCAUGAUCGAGGCCCGGAAGGCGAAGACUGGGGACGGCAGUGCCUGAAACUGGGACCGUGACCACCAUGAUCCAUGAAGACAGCUGACCGGUGGCUUUUGUCACUAUAGUUCUCUAGUUCAUGGAACCAUCGUUGGGGGUAGAAAGUAUGGAAGGAAUGGGAUGUAUCUGGUUGGAAAUUUUUGUAUUUGUCUCAAAAUAGCAUCAACUACAACUACCAGUGAAAAAACUAAUUUUAAGUCAAUACUAGUACUGUGAUUUAACAUUAGACUGUAGACAUGUGAUUUUUCCACUGUAGGUACAGUAUGCAAAACAUACAUUGUCAUGUGCUUGUACAUGAUGCUAACCCAGGCAGGAUGAAUAUUAAAUUCCUCAGUGACCCAGGAAACACUUGUUUUGUUUAAAUCAGGAACAGAAAGACAGGGUAGAAGACAAAGGCGGUGGGGUGGGGCGCGACUUCAGAGUAAAUGGAAAAUGUUCCUGGUUGUAAUUACCAUGUCUGUUUGUUUAAAUGAGAGAAUUGAAAACCUUAAAAACUGAGGAUACAGGAAACAGCUCUUGUAUUUUUUUUUUACCCUGUUUGCAACUUGCCAAUGUUCACUGUCUUUCUCUACCCAGCUAGCUAUUUUUAUGUCCUGAAACCUACACUCAGCCCACCCUAUAAAUCAGUACCUGUUUAUGUGUUUGAGUUUAUUCUCUUUGCUAUUGUUGUUUCAAAGGUGUAUAACUCAGCCAUGCCAGCCAUCAAAUUAAGCUUAAAUUAAGCUCUCCUUUAAAUGUUUAGACAGCUAAUUUGUAUUCUAAUUGAUUGCAGGCAUCGAUGCAUGUACUUUAGCUGCUUCUACUAAAUAAGUGUAUUAAUUUUCCACGCGAGGCUAUCAGGUCUUAAUAACCGACAGUUAUCUAGAACUCCAUCUCCUAAUGUUUUAUCUGCAUGAGGCCAUCAUUGAUUUUGCAGCAAAACAGAAAGUAAUCAGUACAUAGAGCCUGGAUAAAACAACUUCGGUGUGCUCAGUUGCCUUGUUGAAUUAAUGGAUGGCAGGCUGGUCCUUUGUUUUCAAUGUUAGAGUAAAAGAAGUGUUGGUAUCAGAGUUCUUUGAUGAUAGAUAUUUUCCAGAAAUUUACAUUUAAAAUAUACAUUUAAGGAAAAGAAAUGAUACUAAUUAGAAAUUGUCGUAAGGAAGUUUCUUCAUACAGCUGAAGAAUGUUUAACAGUGUUAAUUUUGCCAUUAAUAAUGUGUGAAGAAUGAGUA